AUGAAUCAUCAUCGCGCUACUCGCGAAUGUUGUUGCAUCCCGGGCGGCGACGACUGCUGCAGCAGCAGCUCGGGCCUCUACAUAGAUGGAACCUACGCGAACGAAACGCUGCCCUACGAGGUGCUACUUCACAUCUUCGGCCACCUGUCCAUGAAGGAGCUGGGCGUCGUGUGCGUCGUGUGCAAGUUCUGGAAGGAGGCCAGCGAGGCCGACUGCCUGUGGAAGUCGAUCACCUUAAGUCUCUGGGGCGGCCUCGGCCUACGUGACGUCCAGCGCGCCGCCGCCGCCACCACUUCCACUUCGACAACCACCAAGGACACCGGUGCACGAUCAUCGUCGUCAUCGUCGUCGGUAGCCUCCACCACCACCACCACUUCUUCUUCUUCUUCGUGUCCGUCGUCUCCUUCGUCGUCAUCGUCGUCAGCGCUGCGACCAGCGUCUGUAACAUCGCCGGAGUCCUUCCAAGCCCUGGAGAAGCUGCGUCUUCAGAUCCUGCGAAUCAAAGAGGAUUCGACCGUGCCGAUCGUCUUCCUGGGCUCGCACGCUGACCGGGAGAGCCAGCGCCAAGUGAGCCAGGACGAGGCCCUCUUCCUCGCCGAAAAGCUCAACUGCGGGUGGCUGGAAUGCUCUGCCAAGACUGGGCAGAAUGUGAACGACGCCUUUGAGCUCAUCGUGCGAAUGAUCAAUCGAUGGCGCGCGCUCCACCCGGCCUGGAACACGCCGAAGAGCAGGCAGGAGGCCACCAUCAAGAACCGGGUCAAGAAGAAGAUCCUCUUCUGGCGCGAGAACAACAGGACAUGA